UCUCGCCUUUUACACCGGAAGUACACAAGAUAACCGGCCAACUUGGACGUGGCGAAAAACAAAUGUACAAGAAUGCUUACAUCUAGGCAUAUAUGUAAAUGAAUAUUUCAAUAAUCUAAACAAAACAAAAAGAAGGAAAACAGCGAUAUAAAAAUAACAAGGCAGCGAUUGAAGGUUGAUUGACAAUUGUAAAAAUGACAGAUUUAGGAGAGAGUUCAGCACCUUCUGCGCCUGGGGCUGUUAAACAAUUUUUCAGACGAGUAGGAGAGACGAAACAAAACCUUCUAGACAAGGCUACACCAUACACAACUUUUAGAUGGGUCUUUACACUUGUUGUAUUUUUAGCAUAUGGACUUCGAGUUUACUAUUUACAGGGUUGGUAUAUUGUCACAUAUGCCUUGGGGAUUUAUUUGUUAAAUCAAUUCAUAGCAUUUUUAACUCCUAAAGUGGACCCAGCCUUUCAGGAACAAGAUGAUGAUGAGGAUGGGCCUUCACUUCCAACAAAAGCCAAUGAAGAAUUCAGGCCUUUUAUGAGAAGGUUACCUGAAUUUAAGUUCUGGUAUAGUACAACUAAAGCCAUCGUCAUUGCAAUGAUAUGCACAUUUUUUGAAGCCCUGAAUAUUCCAGUGUUCUGGCCAAUUUUAGUCAUGUAUUUCAUCAUUUUGUUUAUGAUAACCAUGAAACGACAAAUAAAGCAUAUGAUUAAGUACCGUUAUAUACCAUUUUCUCAUGGAAAGAAAAGAUACCAAGGCAAAGAGGACACAGGAAAAGUGAUACACGUAGCAGCAGAGCCGUCGUUAUCCAUACCACAAUUGCAGCAGUAGUUGUGAGAUGUAUAGUGAUAUAUGUUUCAUUCUCUGAUGUUUGAUGGGUGCUAUUGUGGAAAGGGUUUGAAGGACAGCAACUGUGCAAAUGACCAUCAAUUAUGUUUAGGACCUCUAAGAUAAUAAAUAAAACCAUCUCUUAUAAUUAGAGAGACAGACUCAUAAAUCAUGUUUAAUUUGUGUUCAAUUUCCGUUAUGCCUUCUAGGCAUAGACACAUUCAUCGGAGUGAGGUUUAUAAAUAAAACAGAUACAAAAUACAA